AUGGGACGAAAUAUUGAGUACAAUCUUCAAGAGAGCAAUCCAUCAGCGAUCUACUUUACCAUCAUCAUUAUUCUUCUUGUUCUAUUAUCCUUCUUCAGUCUCUUCACCUGCCUGGGUUGCUGUGGUACUGCUUGUAAAUCUAGUUGCAUGAUUGGCAGCUUUAUAGUGAUCGAGUUUGUUCUGUUCGGUGGAUCAGUUGGUGGACUAGUAUUCCUUCACUAUAAGUAUGGACUUGAUGCUGUACAGGAGAUACUGGAUCAGGAGUUGUCUCGAUCAGUUUCUAGUUAUUCACAGGAUUCUGUUCUUAUAAAAGGAGCCUGGGACUGGUUCCUAGUCACUGCCCAGUGUUGUGGAGUGGGUGUAGAGGGUAUAAAGGUUUGGAGUCGGGCAGAUCUUAAACCAAACUACAGGGUACCUCAGGCAUGCUGUAAACCAAACUACGACGAAUGCAUGUAUGAGCCUGGGUUUGAGACAACUAACCUAUCUGACUGCAUUCCAAUACUCCUACCCUUCUCACAAGCAUUGAUAUAUGGUCUGCCCGUUCUCAUGCUUAUUUCGUAA